CAAAUUUUUAGAGGGUUUAUCGGUUCAUUUCUCUCCUCUCUCUCAAGUCCGGAGAUUUGGAUCUGGAUCUGUUGUUUAACUUGAACUUGGAAAUAUUUUGAAUUUUCUUUAAAAGAUUGUCGUGUUAUUUCUGAAGUUGAGCUUUAAGCUUUUACCAAUUUGGUUCUGGUUUAACCAAAAAAAAAAAAAACAACAGUAUGACAAUUGAUCCCUUCAAUUACAACACAAAAUGCAGAAAUUCUGAAAGUAAGAAGAUGGAGGAAGAAGACAAUGAAGGUCUGAGAACUGUGGAGUGUCUAAGAGGGAGACUACUUGCAGAGAGGCAAAUUUCAAGGUCUGCAAAAGAAGAAGCAGAGCUCAUUACCAGAAAGAUGGAAGAACUAGAGCGUCAUCUGAAAGAAGAGAUCAGACUAAGGGAAAAAGCAGAGAAGAGACUAAAGUUUCUGAUGAAAAAGCUCGAAUUUAUUAAAGGGUCACGCAGUUUGGAGGGAUCAGAGCAAUUGAGUUCAUCUGAAGUUUCCUGUUUAUCAUCGGUUUCCACCUCAGCCUCCAAGGAAGAAGAAGAAGUAGAAGAAACUCAAGAAAAUGGAGCUGUGGAGGAAGAUAAAACUGAUCAAGCAACUGAAAAUGUGGCAUCAAUGGAAGAGGUUUCAAGUUCAAAUCUCAAAGAUGUUUCCUCUGGUGAAGCAAGUGUUGUUGCUUCAACCUCAAGUCAUGAAGAAGAACCACAGUCUGGUAAUGAUUUUUCUUGGUACUCAGAUACAACUUAAAGAGUUCAAGAAUCAAGAAUCAAGAAUAUCCAUCUCUGAUCCUCUAAUCAACCUUGAUCAGAACCGUUUCUCGUAGUGGGUCAUGACUCAUGAGCUUACUAAUACUGUAGUAUACUACCUUUGUGAAAGGCAUGCAAUGGAAAGGGUCUAGAGAACAAUGGAGAUAGAGAGGGAGAGGAAGGAGAAGGGAUUAAUUAGGCUUUGGGACACAUUUGAGUUUGGCAGUAUUAAAUUCGAAGUGUUACUAAGAGAUGGGGAGGACGACACGACACACAUAAUGUCUGUCUCCUUCUCUUCUUGUGUUUUUUGUUAUCAAAGAACGAGAGUGACGUUUCUUGGAAACUAGUGAUGUGACUGAAUAAAGGAAGCACUAUACUAUUCAUUGCGAUUGCAGGGAUGGGCUUGUCUUUCUUUUAUUUUUCAUUUCUGA